AUGGCGUAUUCCCAGGUGCAGUGUCUGGACGACAGCCACGUGAACUGGCGUUCUAGCGAGUCUAAACCCGAAUUCUUCUAUAGUGAAGAGCAGAGGCUGGCCCUUGAGGCCCUGGUGGCCAGGGGCCCCGAGGCCUUCUAUGAAGUUCUCAAGAAGGAGAAUAUCCGGGACUUCUUGUCUGAGUUGGAGCUCAAGAAGAUCCUGGAGACAAUUGAAGUCUACGACCCAGGGUCUGAGAAUCUUCGGGAACAAAGGGGGCCCAAGGAGGGCCCUGAGCACCAUGAUAAAGAAGAGAAUGGAGAGGGAGAUGCUGAUGCUGAUGCUGACGCUGACCUAGUCCCCUCCUUGGAGUACUGGCCACAGAAGUCAGACCGCUCUAUCCCGCAGCUGGACCUUGGUUGGCCUGAUACCAUUGCCUACAGAGGGGUAACCCGUGCCAGUGUGUACAUGCAACCCCCCAUUGAUGGACAAGCCCACAUCAAGGAGGUGGUCAGGAAGAUGAUCCACCAGGCACAGAAGGUGAUUGCUGUGGUCAUGGACAUGUUCACAGAUGUCGACAUCUUUAAGGACCUUCUAGAUGCUGGCUUUAAGAGGAAGGUGGCUGUGUAUAUCAUUGUGGACGAGGCCAAUGUGAAGUACUUCUUGCACAUGUGUGAGCGGGCCCAGAUGCACACAGGACACAUGAAGAAUCUGAGAGUCCGGAGCAUCGGAGGAACGGAAUUUUUCACACGUUCGGCUACCAAGUUCAAGGGAGCCCUGGCCCAGAAAUUCAUGUUUGUGGAUGGCGACCGAGCGAUGUGUGGCUCCUACAGCUUCACGUGGUCAGCCGCCAGGACAGACCGGAACGUGAUCUCUGUGCUCUCGGGCCAGGUGGUGGAGAUGUUUGAUAAGCAGUUCCAAGAGUUGUACCUCAUGUCUCAGGGGGUCAGCCUUAAAACGGUUCACAUGGAGAAGGAGCCCGAGCCCGAGCCCAUCAUCCUGCCCACGGUCAUCCCGUUGGCUCCGUCCGGCACCGUAGCCAAGAAACUCAUAAACCCCAAGUACGCCCUGGUGAAGGCCAAGAGCGCGGACGAGAUCGCCAAGGCCUCCUCCGAGAAGCAGGAGGGCGGGCUGGGCAAGAAAUGUGAGGGCAAAGGGAAGGUGCUGGGGAACGGGCUGGCAGAGCGGCCCGGCGACUUCCUGGAGCAGCCCCUGCCCAUCCACCCCGGGCUGCUGAACAUGGAGCGCGCCAACAUGUUCGAUUACCUGCCCACAUGGGUGGAGCCAGACCCCGAGCCUGGCAGUGACAUCCUGGGCUACAUUAACAUCAUCGACCCCAACGUGUGGAACCCGCAGCCCAGCCAGAUGAACCGAAUCAAGAUCUGCGACUCUUCCUCGCAGGCCGCGGCCCAGUAUAGACUGCUGCAGAGGCGGCAGAGCCAGGAGGUGGUCAGUCCCGCGGUCGCGCCGCCCCCCGACCCUCCGGCCAUCGUGGAAAACACCAAGAGCCCGCCUGCCUCCCCCCAUGAAGAGCCCAGCCCAAAGGAUGUGCCCACUCCCACGGGCAAGGACAGGGACCAGGGAGCCUUCGCCGCCUUGGCCGAGAACUGCCACCUGCGGGACAGGCACAACCAGGACGGGCCAGAGACCAAGACCCCCGUCCCCAAGCCCAGGACGGUUCAUGUCACAGACUUUAUCACUAAAGGCAACUCGUUCGACGGCGGCCCAGGCUGCCAGGCUGGGGGACCCGGAGAAGAGGGGUCACUCCAGCAAGAAGGGCCUCCGAACGGCACUAUCUACAGACCCCACGAGGACGCCGGCCAGCCCGCCAGCCCCGGGCACCCCAAGCUCCUCCGGCAGCUGUCCAUGUCCCAGGAGGGCCAGGACCCUCCCUCUCCGGGGACCCCCAACGGACUCGGUGCAGAGGAGGACGAGGACGACGACGACGACUACGUGACCAUCAGUGACCAGGACAGUUUCUCAGGCGGCUCCACCAACAGCCGCCAUCGACAGUCCGCAGCGUCCUCUGUGUCGGACGAGUACUUUGAGGUGAGGGACAACUUCGCCCAGCUCCGGAGGCGCCACUCAGAGCAUGUCCCCAAUGGGGCAGGUCACGUGCGACCACUGUACAGGAAACUGAGUGAGCCCCACAUGAGCCGGGGAACAUUCAUGAGUCCCCUGAGGGGCCCCCAGUGGCUGCAGAGCUCAGGGGCAGAGGAUGAGUAUGGCAGGAAGAGAAACAGCAGCAAAGAGGAAAUUAAACAUGGCAGCGACAAGGCUUAUGCUAGCCCCGCGACCCAGGGCCAGCAGUUCUACCGUUAUGGGGACAAGCGACCUGCCCCUGGGACCAGGGACAAAGGCAGCUACCAGCAGUCAGCCAAGAACUCAGAGCUUCCCAAAUAUCGACGGGAUGGCACUCAUGCAGCAGACGGCUUCCAGCACCCCACCAAAAAGUCUGGCCUGGCAACAGUGGGCUCACGUUAUUGGCAGACCAGAGGUGGCCCCCCGGAUGGCCGGAACCUGAGGACUGCUAGAACCCCAGGCAAUCCACCUGAUAGUGGGACUCGGGAAGAGCUGUCGACCCCAUUUGGUAUCCCCCUCUCCAAACUGUCACAGAACAAAGGCCUCAGGAACAGGUCGGGUGGUGGCCAGUGGGCCUCUCCUGAUUCCCGCCGGAGGGCCCCGGCCCCUACAAGCCACAAGGAUUAAUAGCAAGCCCGCUCUCCCUCACCUCGCUGAGCCCAGAGCUGCUUGCUCCUUUCCUUGGAGCCCUCAAAACUAGACUCUGAUAAUGCAAG